UCUUCGCAGGUUGCUACAGUGACGGAAUAUGGGGCAUUUAUAAAAAUUCCAGGCUGCAGGCGGCAAGGCCUUGUCCAUAGGACUCACAUGUCCUCCUGCCGCGUGGAUAAACCCUCGGAGAUAGUAGAUGUUGGAGACAAAGUAUGGGUGAAGCUUAUUGGAAAAGAGAUGAAGGAUGACAAGCUGAAGCUUUCCCUCUCCAUGAAGGUUGUUAACCAAGGCACAGGGAAAGACCUGGAUCCAAACAAUGUUUCCCUUGACCAGGACGAGAGGAAGAAACGCACGUUCAGAGACUAUACCAGUCAGAAGAUCACGCUCGAAGCUGUCUUGAACACUGUGUGCAAGAAAUGUGGUUGCAAAGGUCAUUUUGCCAAGGAGUGUUUCGUGCAGCCUGGAGGCACUAAAUACAGCCUCAUUCCAGAAGAGGAGGAAGAGGAGGUGGCAGCAGCAGGAUGUGAAAGAGAUAAAAAGACCAGCCUGGCUGACGAUUCAUCAAAAAAAAGGAAAAAGGAGAAGAAGAAAAAAAAGAAGCACAAGAGUAAGGAGUCUUCCGAGUCGGACUCAGACAGCUCGGACUCGGACAGCAAUGGCGGUCAGCCAGCCAGCAAGAGGACCAAGCACUCAGGGAAGGCUAGCAAGGUGCAGAAAAAGAAGAAGAAAAAGAAGCACAAGAAGAAGCCCCGGGACUGA